AUGGCUUUGGCACCGAGUUUCCCACCCAGCGUCCCUCCCUCAGAUGAUUGCAAUAGUAGGGAUUAUACCCAAACUGUAGAAGCUUUCGUCCUCCUGGCCGUUCUCGCCUUGUUCCUCUUGCACAUACUGGGCUCCUUACGGCGGCAGUCUGGCCACGGUCUCCUCCACGCAAUCGUGAUGGGCGUUAACACCCUGUCGUACCCGCUGGUGAGCUACACCAUUGGGCGGAUGGAAUCUUCCGAUUGGUACUACGACGACUUCGCCGUGUGGGCUGUGUUCCUGCUUCUGCUCCUCGGCAGCACCGACAACCUCACGGCUUGCCGCCUCAGCGACAUCGACAACUGGAAAAGCAUCUUCGUAAAACACCUAUUUAAGGGGUUCUUGCUGUUAUAUGUCGUCGUGACAUAUGGCCGCAAAAUGAAGUACCUGCUGCCGCCACUCUCGGCCAUCGUGUUGGUCGGCGUCCUCAAGUGGUACGUGAGAAUCACUUCCAUUAGGAUGGUGAGCAAGUCAUGCCUCUGGAAGAACGUGAAGGUGAUUGCCGACUACAUGGAGCAUGCGGACAACCUGCUGGUGGCCUGCAAUCCUGUGACCAUGGAUGGCUACCGUUACAUGGUCGCCGGCGAGAAAUACUGGAUGAAGCGCCCUGCUGGGCACGCACCAUUGUACCGUGCCGACAGCUCCAAAGUGAUCACCGUGGAGAAGGUCUGGCAGUGCACGGGGAACCUGCUGCUCCGUGAGCGGGGCAACAAGCUGAAGGACGUGUGCCUCUCUAUGGCACUGUCCAAGAUGCUCAACCGAAGGUUUGCUGGCUUCAAUCUCUCAGAGGCAGAGCUCGAGAAAACCCAUGACUUUGUCUUCCGUGGCCUGCUCGUCGCCGGGGACAAUCCAUAUCAGCGGGCCUUCAUGGUCAUCGAGGAAGAGCUUGUCUUUAUCCACGACAUUUAUUACACAAGGUACUCUUACCUCUACCAAAAGGGACGAUACUUGUGUCUCUGUUUCCCUGUCGUCAUGAUUGGCCUAUGCUUGUGGGUCGUGCUCAUCGACCUGCAUGUCGAUCACGAAUGCGAUCGCAACCCCAAUGACGAAUGGAAUGCUAAUUGCUACCAACUGGGAUACAGAACCAUAUUCAUAAUGGUUGCCUUAGCAUUCCUGGAGGCUUACCAGCUGUACCUAAACAUAGCCUCAGGUUGGUUCAAGGUGGCGCUCAUACGGAGCUAUGUCAGCACACCUUUUCUGCAAAGAAACGGUUGCUCCCUUGACAUGAUCAUAGGCCUUGUCUUGAGGUUGAAGGCAUUUCCCCAUGGAAGAACAAACUUGAAGAAAGCCAAGAAAGGGCGCAACAAUUCAGUCAAGCUAUCCGAGAAUUUGAAGAAAGCCAUCGUUGAUUCCCUACUAGGAAGCAACGGACGCCUGACGAAUGGGAUAACAUCCCUGAGAAAUAAUGGCGUCGAUGCUCACCUCUCAUGGGCAUGUUAUGCUACUGCUACUGCUGACGGAUCGGUGACUCGCACCAUACUUGUUUGGCACAUUGCUACAACCUUGUGCGAGUACCAAUUGGAUCCAAAUCUCAAUAAAGAAGACAACGUCAUAACAGCCUGCACUUUAUCGCAGUACUGCAUGCAUCUCCUCACUUUUGCACCUCACCUCUUGCCUGACCACAUCUCUAUAUCGGAAUCUCUACUCGAUCAGUCAAUCAACGAAGCCCGUCAGAGAAUCACAGAGGCAGGGGCCAAGACCAUAGAGGACAGGUGUGAUGUACUAAUGAAAAUUAGCACCCAUGAUGACAAUCUCGUUGCCGAAGGAUUGCUCGUUGCACGGGGCGCUUGGCUUGCAAGAUAUCUGAUUGAACACAUACAAGAACCUACAUUGAGGUGGAAGGUCCUCUCGGAUUUCUGGGCGGAGAUGAUGCUGUAUGUCUCACCGUCAGAUAAUGCCCGGGCACACCUGGAAGCUCUUGCUAUGGGAGGGGAGUUCAUCACGCACCUGUGGGCGCUGCUCACCCACGCAGCAACAUCUAUGCCCCAUCGGACCAACCUUUUCAUCUCUGAGCUUCUCAGCCUCAAGCCCCCUCGUCCAACAGCCUGGAUUGUGGCGGACGACUUCAACCUAACGUGCUCACCCUUGGACAGAAACACCCCUGGCUUCCACUGGGCCCUUACGUCGAGGAUCAACGCCCUCAUUAACAUCCUCGCUCUAAUCGAGCUGAAAUGGCUAGAAUGUCUAUACACCUGGAGCAACAAAUGUUCAUCCCCCACUCUCGCUUGGCUCGACCGUGCUUCCAUAAACAACACUUUCUGCGACGUGUUCCCCAACUCCACCCUCACUCGCGCCUGGGUUCGACAUUUGACCAUAUUCCCCUCGUCGUCACUGUUCCUACCUUCCUUCCAAACCUCUUUCUCCUUGAGAACUAUUGGUUAA